GGAUAACAGAGUUGUCCAUGGACAAACCGGAAUCCGACGAAGAGGAGGAACACUGGAAGGAUGCCUCACCUAUCACACCGACCUGCAGUCCCACCUCCAAAACUCUACCAACAGACAAACCUCCGAAAACCAUCGAGGUCGACGUGCACGAUUUUCAACCAACAAGCCCCCUGGACGAAAAAGACAUCCUCAUCAUCGACGGAAGCGUGACACCACCCAGCAAGAAGAUGGCUAUGAAGUACAACCAGGAGAUAUUCACAGGUGUAGAAAAAGUCGCUCCAAAGGUGAAGUUAAAGAUGGAGCCAGUGAUAGAAUCCAAAGAAUUACCAGAUAAAGUGCCUGAAAUCGCAAGACAACCGUCAUCAACCAUUGGAAAACGCCCGGACUCUGAGAAAAGAAGAAGCUUAAGGCGUAUGGACUCUGAGGAACGAAUGUCCUCUUCUAAGGAAGUGGUGAACAAGGCAGACGUGGUUGAGAAAGGCGCCAGGAAGAAGAUUUUCAAAAAAAAGGAUCACGAUCGAAGAUCUUUCAGGAGGAAGAUAGACGAGAGCGAAGAAACGUACACAGAAGUCUGCAAAAUGGAGGCUGACGACUCUAAAAGGAGGACAGAGCUAGAGGAAGUUGUGACUAGGUCCAGAGAGGAACGAAAGAGCCUCAGGGAGCAGGGGUGUAUCGAGAGGGUGACGGAAUUCCUGAGUAAGCACAGUGCGUUGACGUAUUCCGACAUGGCUCCAGACAGCGAGGAGGAAAUGACUGUCCAGUCGCCUGUUGAAGACAAAGAGCAACGUAUUGUUCGUCCUUCUAGCCUUAUAGAGGCUCAUGAUGUGUCUAGUCGAGGUAUUUCGGAGGAAGAGUCAACAGUACGAGCGAAGAGGGAAACUUUACAGAGGUCUGAGGAGCUGGUGAAGACGCCCUCUUCAAUAGAAUCGGAGAAAUACAUUGUUACGCCUGUUAGAACAACUGUCACGACUCUAGACAAGCCUCCAGAAAGUGCCGAAGAGGUGAAGAUAUUGGUGACGGGUUCAGAAACAGAGGCACCAGUGGCUACCAAACGACGAAGUUCAAUGAGAAAGAGGCCUGGUGCGUUCUCUAGGGAAUCUUCCAAAGAAUCCUUGCUGGACGACACGAAGAAGGAAGUUAGGAUACAGGAGAACGUCGAAGAGAUCUUCUUUGAAGAUACUAGUGAACAGAUUAGUGGAAUCCUUCCUGAGGUUCAGCUGGUGAAGGCUAGGAUAAUCACUGCUGAACAGGCAGCCGCGAAUAGAGUAGAGGAACCGGCGAGAAUCGAGGUUCAUUCGCCGCCAGAAGUGGUGAUGGUGUCUGACUCAGUUAGGGUGAAAACUGGAAGGGUACCAUCACCGGAAACCAUAAACGUUUCUCAGCUGCAGUUGCUUAGUUUGGCCAAGUCCACGUCUGAGAACACUCUAAUGGACACUGGUGAUCAUAUCAGCGAGGAGAAUAAAAUUUCUCAGAGGAAUAUUAAGGCGGAGAUUCUGUUGGACUUGUCCAAAGUCACUGAUGUUGGCGAGGAGGCGGAUGUUACUGAUGGGGAGAAGAUUGAUAGGAAGUUGAGUAGGACAGGUAGUGAAGGAUCGAAGAGAAGUAGAUUGAAGGGGCAGACGAAGCUAAAGGAACAUGACGGAUUCAAGAUUGGCAGUUUGGCGCAACCGGAUGAACCGGAACUGACGAUCUUGCUGGAGACCGCGGUCAUCGAGAGGAGGAGGAACGUCGAUGACGAUAGGGACAGUUUGGUGGAUUAUGAGAUAGACAAGGAGAUUAAAAGAAGUGUAAAUAAGGACCCAGAGGCUGGUUCGAGGCUAGUCGCGGACCAGGAAGUCGAGCUUCCUUCGAGAAAGGUCCUCGAGGCUUUACCACGUGACGACCGGAAGCGACUCCACAGAGACGAGGAGCGAGAGGAGCCAGAGGGAAUACCAGAGACUCGAGAUUAUGACAGGACACUUUGGGAGCAAAGGCGUCCACUACUGGAGGAGACAGUCCUGUUUCGAUCAGAAGAGGACAGCAGUUUGAUCAGCAAAGAACAUUCUCUCGAGUAUCAGAGCCAAACUCUAGAGAGUCAACCGUCUGCAGAGCAUCUGUUGCUCUCCACAUCGUUAGAGAAUCUUUUAAAAUCAGGACCAGACAACUGGUCGAGCGAACAGUUGGACAGAAGCGUCGAGGAAGCGGAGCGUAGCUUCAAGGAGACCCAGUACUCGCCAAAAGAGAAACGCGACGCUGAAACACAGACUGAACAAGAGACGAAGAGUACUCAGUGCAGUCCAGAACAAAGCAUCGUUAGUCCCUCAGAGAUCUACAAACACAGUCCUCUGCAUUUAGCGAGAAAACUUUAUCAGAGUCCUCGUAGAGAGGUCCAGACACAGACUCAAGGAGAGAGCAAGAGUGUCCAGUGUUGUUUGGACGAUUUAGGUAGUCUAUCAAGGACUUCAAACUUCGAGGAUUCGUUUGACAGCCCAUCCAGAUCAGAGAAGAGCUACGUGAAGGAGUCGAAGAGCAUUCAGUGUAUUCCCGGGGAUCUUUCGACGAGUCCUGAUAAGUCUAACGACAGCGUAGCUCAGUUAUCGGAUCAGGAGAGGCCGUAUCGAAGUACAAAGAGGGAGGUUGAGGUUCAAACGUACCAGGAGUCCAAGGCGAUCCAGUGCAGCGAUGACGAGCUUCUAGAGGCACAAGGGAGUAGCCAGUUGCAAGCAGCUAAGAGGACAGAGAGCUCAGGCUCGUCGGGCUGUGCCUCGCCUACGAAGCUUCCUACUCUGGUGUUCGUCGACGCAGAACGGGCAGACAUGACGGUCACGCAUCGGGAUCAUGAUGGGAACAUGAGCUGGUCCAAGCACUGGGGACCAGAGAGGCUGGUGGAGAUCUUCAGGGAGCCGAAAACUAGCUUGGGGCUGAGCAUCGUCGGUGGAAAGGUCGAUCUGCACAAUGGCAGCUCCAGUAAGUCGCAGAACAUAUCCGGAAUAUUCAUAAAGAACGUGUUGCCGAACAGUCCAGCUGGAAGGACCGGCGAGCUGAAGAUCGGUGAUCGAAUAAUCGAGGUCGAUGGCGUGGAUCUGCGACACAGCACACACGAGCGGGCGGUUGAGGUCAUUCAAGCCGCCGGAAAUCCUGUCCGUCUUCUCGUCCAGUCUCUGGUGCACCUGAACAACGAGCACGGCGGGGACGGAGAGGAGGGUGGCAGAUCAGGAAGAAGACAGAGCGUCAGGAGUCGAUUGCCAGGAACACCGACGGCAUCCUUUCGACAGAAGCCAUCGCCAAUCUCGCCUGUCAGGUCCAGCACACCGGAUGUGACACAGGGAGGUCUCGAAGACGGAGACAGGCAAAGUAGUUCAAGAUCAGAUUUCAGGCGGCAAAGUACACGAGCUUCAGAUGGCGCGGGAUCCAGCGUGCGAAGAUCCUCCAUGAAAAAGUCCGUUCGUAAGAAGGCGCCAUCACCGCCUUCCAAUCCGGGCAUAUUGCGAGAGGUGAGCGAGGAGAAGGAGGAUAAUGCCUCGAAACCGGAAGAGCCUCCAAGACGGAAGUAUUCCUCGGAUGAGAGCUCUGAAGAGGACACGCGUGAUCUGGAGGGUAACGUUUACACGAAAGCUGGCAUGGAGAUCUCAAGAAAAAGCGCAGGAAAUGUGAAACGCAGCAAAGCGGAGAUCGAAGCGGAUCCAGAACAAGAGGACGAGUUUGGUUACACGAAAAUGAAAGUCCAGAAGAAGUAUCAGGCGCUGGGACACAAAGUCUUGAUGGUGAAGUUGGAGAAGGAUAGGCGUGGUUUGGGCAUUUCAUUAGCUGGACACAGGGAUCGAAAUCGAAUGGCAGUGUUCGUUUGUGGCCUUAAUCCAAAGGGUGCAGCUCACAAAACUGGCGAGCUUGUGGUUGGUGACGAAAUACUCGAGGUAAACGGCUGUGUUUUGCAAGGACGAUGCCAUUUGAACGCAUCUGCAAAGAUCAAAGGAAUGGCUGGCACCUGCUUCAAAAUUAUUGUUUUACGGAGAACUGCCGCUCUUAAUGACAUCGCUGUGAAGCCAAUCGCUCAGUUUCCUCCAACAUUGGAAGAUUCUGACAUGUUCAGCCAGUACAAAGGAGUGCGUAACAUACCGGUGAAAAAGGGUCAGUACGGAUUGGGCAUAAUGAUCAUCGAGGGAAAACACGCGGAGGUCGGCCAAGGUAUUUUCAUCUCGGACAUUCAAGAAGGUAGCGCUGCAGAACAGGCUGGCCUGCAAGUGGGUGACAUGAUCCUCGCUGUCAACAUGGACUGUCUGCUGGGCUCGACAUACGACGAGGCAACCAGUCUUUUGAAAAAAGCGGAAGGUGUGGUGACACUUACGGUGUGCAAUCCAAAUCAAAGUAAAGUUGCGAAGGAAGAAGAGGAUAGGGCAAAAGGCAUCAUUCCUGAACCGGAACCAGUGGCACCCAAGGAACCGGAAAAACCGAAAGAACCCGAACCACCGCAAGACCCGAAAGAUUGCAAGAUCGUGGCUGGAAGAGACACGGCGAUAGAAUUCCAGAAGGACAAGGACAAGGGUAUUGGAUUCACUAUAGCUGGUGGCUCCGAUACACCACUGAAAGGAGUGUUCAUCGUUGAAGUGUUUCCGGACGGAUCAGCCGGCAAAGAUGGGCGACUGCAGGCUGGAGAUCAGAUACUCGAAAUGUGUACUCACAAGUUUAAGGACAUGGAGCACGAUCAAGUUCACGCUGCUGUACUAAAAGCCUCAGGAACUAUCACAAUGUUGGUGUUCCGACAAGAGAAAGGAGAGGAAGAGAUCGAGGUUGAAAUACAGAAGAAGUCAGGCAAAGGAGCUGGUCUCUGUUUGACGGGGUACAAGAGCGGCAAGGGAGCAUACGUGUCAGACCUGUUGCCUGGUGGUAGCGCUCUGGAAAGCGGAAAGAUCUGCAAGGGCGAUCGAGUGGUAGCAGUUGGUGGCCAGGAUGUUCGUGAGGCCCCGGUAGAGGACAUCGCGGUCCACCUGAAGGUUUCUAAUCCGGUGCAAUUGAAGCUGGCUAGGUUCAAAUCCUCCAAGCAAUGA